AUGCCAUCUGAAAAAGAACACUUUUUUCCUGAUAAAAAGGAAAUUAACUUGUUGAAACAAAAUGCUGCAAAGAAUUUUUCUACAAAUACUGCUUUUGAAAAAGCACUGGUGAAUCAUCCCUUAAGUAUGACAACUCAGCCAGCAAUUUUAAAUGUCAAUCUUUCUUACAAACUAAAAAAUGUGAAAAUCGAUUUACCCAAGGUGAACAUUCCAAAUGAAGUAUUAAUGAAACAUGAAGUUGAAAGAUUUAGAAAACUCUUUCAGUGUAAACAGCAAACUGCAAGGAAGUCCUUAAGUCUAGAGAAAAUAAAUGGAAGCAAUCCCAGUUGUUCAGAGGGAAGCCACUUGCAAAGUAAACCAGAAGUGCAAUUUGAAGAAGGGUUGAAAACUACAGCAAAGAUACUGAAUUUCAGUUGUACAAAAUGCAAGGAUAACAUUAGAUACAGCCCGAAUGAUCUACAGAAACAUUUUCAGCUGUUACACUAUGGCGAGUUGCCUUUAUAUCCUUGCGAGAUGUGUAGUUUCUCAGCAAAUGACUUUCAGUCAUUUAAACAGCAUAGACGCACCCACCGUAGCACUUUAGUAAAAUGUGAGCUCUGUAAUGAUGAGCAUAUGUACACUUUGUUGGCUUUGACAAAACACUUUACAUCAAAGCAUUGUGUAAAUGGCCACUUUCAGUGUGAAAAGUGUGGGUUUUCUACCAAGGAUGUGGGCACAUUUGUUCAGCACAUUCACAAACAUAAUGAAAUUACUUAUCAAUGUGAAAAAUGCCAUUACAUAAGCUUUUCAGAAGAGGAGUUUCAGAAGCAUCUUCUUGUUCAUACUAGCGUGUUGCCUUUUGCUUGUCAGUACUGCAGUUACAGAGCAUCACGGAAAGAUUAUCUUGUAAAGCACAUCAUAGCUUUACAUAGAGACCACUUAUAUGCAAAAGAAAAACUGGAAAAGGAUAAAUGUGAAAAAAGACUAGUGAAGACUCCAGCAGGACUCAAGCUUGUGUUAAGAAGGUAUAAAACGGGAGCAUCGAAAAAAGCACUGUGGAAACGGAAAAAAAUCAGCAGUGGAAGUGACAAAACUGGAGAAGAAAAUGCGCAAGUGCUAAGAAGCGUGAAUAAAAUUCAAACCAAAUCUGAGGAGCUGAACCAGUGUAUGAGAGAUGUGGAAGCAAAUGAAGAAAAAGAUGAAAUUAUAUACACAGAAAAGCAUAAUUUAAUGGGUGGAAUGCUCUCUGCUACUACUGCACAAUACAGUAAAGCAGAUGAUGGAACAAGUUACAGCCUGGGAUUAUUGAAGAAUGCUGUUCAUGGGCCAACGGUAUUGAUGGUCAAAAACAAUAAAAUAUCUGUUCCAGCAAAUUACAGUGCUAAAUUUAUGGGAUUUAAAAUGGUAGAUGGAAAACAACAUAUUGUUAUAAAAUUAUUACCUACAAGUAAGCAAAACUUACAUUUGUUAGGUCAGAAAGCUGAUCUUAUUCAAGAUGGUUCUACAACUCCUUUGCUACAGACUGCUGAUCCCUAUGGCUUGUGUUCAGGUGCUAUGCCACAUGUAACUGAUCAGUCAACUGUAAAGAACAACUCUAUUCACCCAUUAACCUCCCCUCCAUUUUCUUGUUCUGCUCCUCAUUCAGGAAAAACAAAAGUGGAAAAACAAAAUAGCUCCUUAUUGUACGGUAGGAGUGUUUCUCAAACUGUAGCACCUUCUAAUGUAGCUGUAGGAAAAGGUUUGAAUUACUUGCCAAUGAAGUUGGACUCAAAUGUACCUCCAUGUGAUGAGGUAACAAAAGUUGGAACUCGAAGUAAUAUCUCAUGGGGAAGCUAUAGUUCUCCAAGUCAUCCUCAGGUAUUACCACCCACUAUUACAAAUACACGUCACUAUGACCCUGUGAAAAUGCCCUUCUUUCCUGAACUGAAACUACAAAAUGGUGGCCUGAAUAAUAGUAAUGGAACUAAUAAUCUCUAUUUUUCAACUUCAGUGGAUUCUUCUAAUGAAGGGUUGCUGUCUUUUCAUAAUUAUUCCAAAAUGAACACUUCAGAUAAUCCAUGUAGCAUUUGGAUGUCGUCAGAUGACAGAUAUAAAGAAUUUUUAUCUAGCAAAACAGCUUCUUUUCAAAACAGUAGAAGAACUGAAUCUGCAUCUUCAUAUUCUGAAUUUAUGAAAAGCUUAGCAGAGAAAGUUGUAUCAGCUCAGUCAAACAUGAAUAAAACUUAUGGGCACACUAGCAGUAACUCUGUGUCUUCUAAAAGCCAAUCUAAAUGUGUUGUUGGCAGUGAGUGUUUUAUGGAGGACCAGCAUAAUGGCCAGCAGUAUUUGGACACUAACAUGCAUCAAGGCUUUGAGAACAUAGCUGAGAAAUUCCAAGAAAAUGCCUCAGAUUGUGUUAACUCGGUCUUAAUGCCUAAAAUCACAUCUGUUUUCUCAUUGCAAAGUGAACAGGCAACUAAUUAUUUAUCACCUGAAAUAAAGCAGGUACUGCAAGAUGUGUUAAAAGUGAAGGCAACUACUCAGCAAGAAUCCCACAGCAAGUCAAAUAACUGCCUAAAACUUCAUUCUGACAAGCUGCUUUCUGGUCAUGAGACGGGGAAUAAAGCCUUUACACAUUUAAAAAGCUCAGCAACUGCAUGUGGUUUUCAGAGGCUUCCUACUAAUGUAGACUUUCAUUUAUGUAAGAGAGAGUUGAACACAAGAUGUAGCACAAAUGAGGGUACGCAUUGUGGGAGAGAAGCACAGACACCCAGAACAUCAUUUGAUUCACGGAGAAUGGAUAAAUUAUCCAGAACUCCAGGUGUUGGUACAUUGCUAAAAACUCAUACAGAUGCAAUCAUAACACAGCAGUUAGUAAAAGAUAAAAUACUAUCUGCAACCCAAAAUCCUAGUAACUUUUCACCAGUUCAGGAACAGAGGAAACCCCUUUUAGUUCAGUCCUCACCAUCAGGAUUUUUUGUUCCUUUGCACCUUGCUAACAAGCCUGGGCUACAGGUGAUUUCAGGAAAAACUCUUCCAUCAACUAGUUCGUCAGAUGGGCAUGUGACUAAAGGUGUACCUGCAUCCUUUGUUAUAAAUAAAGGACCUGGAAUGAUUUUGACUUUCAGUGGGGCAAUUGGAACAGUUGCCAGUGUUCCUAGUGAUACUUCUCAGGUUUUAGGGAGAGUUGCAUCCAGAGAAUAUGGCAAAAUAACCAUACCAGUUUCAAAAAUGGAGAGGGAAAAGGACAGUUUUGGAAGUGUACAAAGUUCCUGUAAUAGGAGAGCAUGUAGCACAGCAAAUGACUCAUUGAAUAAUGUGUCAUUUAAAGGACCUCUAGUAAUUACAAACUUGGCGGAGUCAUCUGUGAAAGCAGUUUCUUCUGUGAAGGUGUUACCAGAGCAUCAGGAUGCUGUCUUUGGCUCUUUGGAAUCAGUAAACCCACAAGAAAUGAAACAGAAACAACAUGUUUAUGCCCUUUUGCCUGAUGGACAACAGGCAGUUUUUCUGAAGUGUGUGACACCAAACGAGCCUGUAGUUCAUAAACAUAGUGUUUUUCAGGAUAACGCUCAUUAUCAAAAUAGUCAACCAAAGAAAACUGGAGCCAUGCAACAAAAGCUUUUGCUGAAAAUUAAGACUUCUACUUCAGAUAUGCUGGCUGAUACCACUCGAUCAGUAAGCAACUCAGUGCCCUCACCACAGCUGGAUAACUUGCAGUCCUUUACUCCUGCACUAUCACAGAAACAAACUACUAAUCUUACUUCUAAUGAUGCCUUAAUCUUACCAGGUAGCUUAAUGCCAGCAAAUGCCUCUUUGGCAAGCGCUAAUCCAGCAUGUUGUGUUCCUCCUGUAGAACCUGUCUAUUCUACUGAGUCUACAGGGACAUGUUUGCAAAAAGGUUCCGUUGAGAGUAGGCAAGUAAUGACUGCUAACAACAGGAGUAACUUUGACAGUCAGAAAUCCACAUGGAGGACUCAAAACAGAACCCCAAAAGUAAAAUCUCGUUUGAAAAAAACUGGGUCUAAAAGUUCAGAAACUGUGGGAAUACAAAGAAACAAGAAUUUCAAACGGAAAAGUAAGGAUAAUUGCCCAGAACCUCCAAGAAAGAAAGUAAUGUUGCACAGAAAGUGUAAGGAAAAGAAUCAAGCUGAAGUUGCUAGUCAAUCAGGUGGCCUGAGGGCAUCAAAAGAAACUGUGAGGAUUUUGAAAUUACUUCCUUUUAGUUCUAAACAGCUUGUAAAAUGCCCUCGGAGAAAUCAACCAGUUGUUGUGCUUAACCAUCCUGAUGCAGAUGUUCCAGAAGUUGUAAAUGUGAUGAAAACCGUUGCUAAAUUUAAGGGACAUGUUCUUAAGGUUUCAUUGUCAAAAAGAACUAUGGACGCACUUCUGCAGCCAGCCUUCUCCAGUCCUUUAGAUGUAACUACUGAUGGUCUUUCUCAAAAAAGGCACAGGACAAUAAAACCUAUUAGCCCUGUAAAAGAAAGAUUUGUCUUAAAACUAACACUGAAAAAGACUAGCAAAAACAAUUAUCAGAUUGUGAAAACUACCUCUGACAAUACCUUGAAAGCUAAGUUUAGCUGCUGGUUUUGCGGUAGAAUAUUUGACAAUCAGGAUAAUUGGGUAGGACAUGGACAGAGGCAUCUGAUGGAGGCUACUCGAGAUUGGAAUUCAUUAAUGUAA